AUGGUGGCACUUCUGAGUGGCAGAGUUUUGAGACAGGGUGUCGAGGAGAGCCUGCAUGCUCUGGGGGCCUGCUGGGUCCAUUGCUGUCCAGAUGGUACUGCCAGGUGUGACAGUUGGAAUGAACACCUGCACCCACACCGGUUCUUCAGUUACAUUUACAGCAGCAAAGAAUGUGAGGACCUAAAAAAAGAAAACAAGUACCUAUCCAGUGAGAUUCACAUGGAGAGGAUCAUGAUGAGAACCGAGAGUGAGCUUACCAUGAGGAACCUUAGAAGCCUCAACCAGGAACUACAGGCUGAAGUUAAAGAGUUAAAACAAAAGCUGCAUCUGAGCCAGCAGAGGGUGACUAUGUGCUCCAAGGCAGUGGAGGAGGCAGACAAGUCCCGAAGUGAGGCAGAAAAGAACCGAACUCUGGCAGAGGCUCGUGCACUAGGAAGCAAAGGAGAGAGAGAUGCAGCACUGGCUGACAAAGUAGAACUUAGUGAAGAGCUACACAAUUUGAGUAAAGAGCACAAAAACACACAGCUGCUUCUGGCCCAGACUGAAAAAAAAUACUUUGAGACCAUGUUGAAACUGGACAGGGUGUCUGGAGAGAAAGAGUUUCUCCUAAAGGAGAGCAAGGAACUGGAGGAUGAGAGGAGCAAAUUACGGCAGAAUAUCAAAGAGCUGACUGACGAGAAUGCAACAAUCAAAGAAAAGGAGGUGAUCUGGAGACGCAGGGCUGCUGCUGCUGAGGAACAGAGCGAGAGGGCCAUUAAAGAGCAGCAGCAGGCUGAGCAUGAGUGCAGACUGGCCAAGAGAGAGAAAGACAAAUCAGUUAGUGAGUGUCUCAGCUGGCGGGAAAAACACCAAGCACUGGCAGACAUCUUCAGGGAGCAGGAAGACCUCAUAUCACAGAGGCAGAACAAAGCAGUAAGUCACAAUAAUGGUCCAAUUAUAGACAGAAGGUCGACUUCCAUCUGA